ACAAUCCAUGUCGUAGUAAUGGGAUGUGAUAUGUGUGUGUCCUGAGGACGGUGGUGUGUGUAAUCAGAGGCAGCCUUGCAGCAGGUUGUGAGAUCUGUGGUCGGAGAUUGAGCGCACACACGGCGGCGCGGCGGCACAUCCCAGAAAUCAGCUGUGCCAUGGACCUCGUUUUUGAUGCCUGCUCGGAUGGUUGCCAUUGAUCCAGGAGGGAAUGCAGCAAUGAGAGGCUCAGGAGAAGCUGCGUCUGAGUCACUCUUCGAAAGCGUCCUCAGAUCAUGGCUGGUGUGGAGCUGAACGCAAGGAUCAGUGUGACGUAACGCAACCCUGAAGCGAUGCUGUGUGGCUUCUCGAACCUCGCUGAACUCUGCUGAGAGAAUGAGGCAAGCGGUGAGCGCUACACUCUCUGUGUGGGGCGAGAGGCGCUUGGGUUACACCACUCUGAACGACUCCAGGGAGGCGCUGCUGGAGGACAGCUGCCUGAUGCCUGGGCUUAAAGAGGACUCUGUUGUGGAAGAGAAGGAGCUGGCAGAUGGUGAGCAAGAUGAGCAGGAGGCAGUGGUGGGAUCAUCGCCGUCCACACCUCCAGCACUGACGCAGGGUGACGGAAUCGCACCAGAACAUCCAGAGACGCUGCCCUCGGCUCUCAAACCUGAAUCGAAUUCAGGCCGUAGAGGCAGUGUGAACAUAAGUGCACCCGAGAAUGGAUCUACUACCGUCAGAAGGGGGUCUCUCGGUGCCCUACUUGUGCAGCGUUGCAGUUCUUUGGGCUCUACAGCCCCACAGUGGGUCCCAGAUUCUCAGGCACCAGUGUGUAUGAAAUGUGGCUCCAGAUUCUCCUUCACAAAAAGGAGGCACCACUGCAGAGCCUGCGGGAAGGUCUUCUGUGUGGUCUGCUGUGACUUGAGAUUCAGAUUGACUCACUUGGGAGGAAAAGAGGGUCGGGUCUGUGUCACCUGUCACGCUGCUCUCAUUAACAAGACUCUUCGCAAGGAACAAAAGAAAGUAUGGUUUGCUGACAGCGUUUUAUCCAAAAACGAGACGUCUAGUGCCAACACCACUCCAACCCACAGGGAUUCGGUGCCAACACAUGCACCUGCAGCAGCUCUUGUCGUAUCUGCAGACCUGUCUGAAAUGCCAAACUCUCCUUGUUUGGGGCAUCAGGAAGUGGUUAACAGUCCCAAAGGGAGCUCAGCGAAGCCCUUACCACAUAAAGGGCUUCCUCCUAUCCUCACCUCUACAGGUGUUAAAGGAGAUUACACAGUGGAAGAAAAGCGGACGGAGACUUCUUUGCUCGAGGAACUGGAGCAAGGCCAAACCGAACCACUGGUAUUUGUCCUCAAUGCCAACCUUCUGGCCAUGGUGAAGAUCGUCAGCUAUGUAAACCGAAGGUGCUGGUGUGUGACGUCUAAAGGUAUGCAUGCAGUGGGUCAGCCAGAGGUAGUCGUGCUAUUACAGUGUUUACCAGAAGAAAAACGAUUCCCCACAGACAUCUUCAAUCACUUUAUUCAAAUCUACUGGGACGCCCAGACAGCCGGAAAGCUCUUGAAUCAUCUGAGUCACUCUUUGGCUGCGCGAGGUUUUCUGGACAGCGAGGAGCACGCUGGAUUUCUCUAUGUGCGUCCCACGUUACAGUCUCUGGACGGUCUGCCGCUGCCCCCCCAGCCCUUCCUGUUUGGCCUGCUCAUUCUUCGGGCUGAGAGUCCUUGGGCCAGGGCCUUCCCCCUGCGCCUCAUGCUUCGUUUGGGAGCUGAAUAUAGAUUUUAUCCCUGUCCUUUGUUCAGUGUACGAUUCAGAGAGCCGCUUUUUGGUCAGAUCAACAACAGCAUCAUGAGGCUCCUUGUGGACUUCCGUUUUUACCGUUACACGUUGCCGGUAGUGACGGGGCUCAUGGUUGAUUUGGAGGCGCGGAGCACAUGCAUCACUAUCCCUAAAAGCCGUCAUGCUGAGCUGCUGAAGGUGCUGAGUAAGUCGAACGAGAAGCUGCUGGCGAUGGGCGCUUGCUUUAAUGAGCGUGCCGACUCCCACCUCAUCUGUGUACAGACUGCAGACGGACAGUACCAGACUCAGGCAAUCAGCAUCCACAGCCAGCCUCGCCGAAUUACAGGCUCCUGUUUUUUUGUAUUCAGUGGUGCAUUGAAGGCUUCAUCAGGAUACCUGGCCAAAUCCAGCAUUGUUGAAGAUGGAUUGUUGGUGCAAGUGACUAUGGAAACCAUGCUGGAGUUACGGCGAGCUCUUCGAGACAUGAGAGACUUCACCCUGACCUGUGGAAAACUCCACCAAUCAGAAAGACAGGAAUACGUGCACAUUCGGUGGCAGGAUGAAGAGCCACGUUUCAAUAAGGGCAUAAUCAGUCCUAUUGAUGGAAAAUCUAUGGAAUCGAUUACUUGUGUAAAGGCCCACCAGAGAUUAGAGUAUAGAUCCAGUGGAAAGGUCAUACGUUGGACAGAGGUGUUCUUUCUUCAGAAGGAGGAGCCGUUUAAUGGCCCGAACAGUUACGCCAAUCAUAACCGUCUGACCGAACGACUGGCACGAGCGUUCUGCCUGGCACUGUGCAAUUCUCUGAGCCUUUUAAAAGAGGACGGUAUGACCAAAUUAGCACUGCGGGUCACCCUGGAUGGACAGAAGAUGGAGUUCCUGGCAGGCAGUAACGGCCAGCCUCUGCCCCUGCACUACCAGGACAGUCUAAACCAGUCCCUAAGUGCAGUUGUACUGAGUGCGUGCCAGCGUCACGGACACACAGCUCUACAGCUAGAGCUCAUUUUUUACAUCCUAGAGGACAUAGCAUAGAGGUCACCUGCUGAAACCUUCAUCAUGACGCAACGCAACGUGCUGCCGGAUGCUACAGACCCAGCUUAACCCGCCGCUCGCAUACAUUUUCGAGGACUGGAAAGAAUAAGAUUACGGUGGCUAGAUUACCUGCGUUUAUAUAUAUAAUAACCCAGAUUUCUCACAGAUCUAUCCUGUUUCAGCUCUUUGUGAUGAGACUUGAGCCAUUAGAUUUGAUCUAGAAUAAGCCAUGUCGAAAAUUUUGCUGGUCGCUGUGCAGCUGCUUUGUAGAAAAGUAGACAGCAUUUCAUAUUUCAGGUGCCAUAUAUAUUUUUUUUUUAUAUAUAAAAAUUUUUUGACUUGGACUGUCAGAUGGGUUUGGCAUGAGCUCAAAUCCCAUGCUUGACAACACCAUGACCAAAGGAAACAGAAGUUCAUCUUUGCUUAAUGGACGGAAUUAACUCGCAUGACUUAACUUUGCUUUCAGUCUUCCUUAGAUAAACUUCAGUAGGGGUAUUUUAUGGUGAAUCCGUUGGAGAUCCAGAUGCUGGUUUGUAGAUAUACAGGCUCUUUCCUUGUGCGUCACUGUACAAACACCAUUAUCCUCAGCGGCUAUACCAACAUCAGGCCCAACUUCCUCUGUUCCAACCAGAUGGAAGUGGUCGGACCUUUGACCUGCAUUAUCCUGCACUAAAAUAGAUCAACGAAAGCAUUGAACUUCCACGGCACCGAGUAAUAUUUCUUUCAUAGCCACUCUAUAGACUUUUUCUUCUACUGAAUGUACUCAGUCAACCUACUUUUCGCUCUCUCGCUCUCCCUCACACACACAGAGUAGGCUGCUUGCUGAUCUUUCAGCUGCAUAUUAGUCUCCACUGGUCCUUUCAGCAAAGAGAAUAGAGAUCUUGUUGUCAUCCUACAUGUUUGACAUAACUGAGAUUACUGAAGCAUCUGAAAGCAUGCAGUGGUGACACUCAAACAACGAGAUGUUGCUCAACCAAUAUAAAAAGCACCAGCUGUCUGUUCCGAACAAGUACAACUAACAACCUUCAACAGCGUGUCAAGGAGUUGUGAAAUUAUGUACAUAAUGUUUGAAGACGUGUAAAGAAAGCCUUGUAAGAUGUUAUGCA